GGGACAGGAUGGCAGGAGUGCCCAUGGCUGCUGCUGUGCAGCCUGCUGAGGUGACUGUUGAAGUUGGUGAGGACCUCCACAUGCACCACAUCCAUGACCGGGAGAUGCCUGAAGCUUUGGAGUUUAACCCUUCUGCCAAUCCAGAGGCAAGCACAAUAUGCCACAGGAACUGUCAAACAGAUGCUUUGGAGUUUAACCCUCCUGCCAAUCCAGAGGCAAGCACAAUAUUCCAGAGAAACUCUCAAAAGGAUGGGAUCUACUGUGCGUUUCAGUCAACAAUACAGCUCAUGUUUGACAAUAUUCCUUGAAGACAGCACAGCCAGCCAGCCUUAUCUUACAAUGACAAUAAUAUCUGUGAUCUUGGAGAUACAUCAUGAUGUCAUGCAAAGAGAUGCAGAUAGAUCUUUGAACAUAUUUGAUGAAUGGUUAUACUCAUUUAAGGUAAGUUCCACCAUGCACAUUACCCAGACAAGAAAUGGAGGUGGAAGUUUAAGUAACAAUUCCUCCUCCAUUCCAUCGACUCCCAGCACCAGCCAGGAGGACCUUCAGAUCGAUAGUCCUCCCGGUGCCAACACACCCACACCUGUUCGCAAGGAGUCCAAGCACUGGUCCAACCUGUUGACAUCUGAGAAAGGGAAUGACCCAGAUAAGAAAGCCCUAGAGAGUCAUGCUGACAUCACUGGGAGCAGCAGGGCCAUUCCAAUUAAACAGGGCAUGCUCUUAAAGCUAAGUGGGAAAUGGCUGAAGAAAUGGAAAAAGAAAUAUGUCACCCUCUGUGACAAUGGCGUGCUCACCUAUUAUUCAAGCUUAGGUGAUUAUAUGAAGAAUAUUCUUAAAAAAGAGAUUGACCUUCGGGUAUCUACCAUCGAAGUCCCAGGAAAGAGGCCACCCUUAGCCACACUGGCCUGUGUGCCCAUUUCCAGCUCUAAAAGCAAUGGCCUAUCCAAGGACAUGAACAGUCUAUGUACCUCAGCCAAUUCAGACACCGGGCUGGGUGACUCCAUAUGCUCCAGCCCCAAUAUCUCCAGCACCACCAGCCCCAAGCUCAACCCACCCCCCUCUCCUCAUACCAACAAAAAGAAACACCAAAGGAAGAAAAGCACCAACAACUUGAAAGACGAUGGCCUGUCCAGCACUGCUGAAGAAGAAGAAGAAAACUUUAUCAUUGUGUCCCUCACUGGCCAAACGUGGCACUUUGAAGCCAUGACAUAUGAGGAGCGGGAUGCCUGGGUCCAAGCCAUCGAGAGCCAGAUCCUGGCCAGCCUGCAGUCAUGUGAGAGCAGCAAAAGCAAGUUCUGGCUGAUGAGCCAGAGCGAGGCCAUGGCCCUGCAGUCCAUCAGAAACAUGCGCGGGAACUCCCACUGUGUGGACUGUGAGACCCAGAAUCCUAACUGGGCCACUUUGAAUUUAGGAGUCCUCGUGUGUAUUGAAUGCUCAGGGAUCCACCAUAAUCUUGGCACCCACCUUUCCCGAGUUCAAUCUCCGGACCUGGAUGACUGGCCAGUCGAGCUCGUGAAGGUUAUGUCAUCUGUUGGCAAUGAGCUAGCCAACAGCCUCUGGGAAGAGAGUAGCCAGGGGCAGAUGAAACCCUCGGUCGACUCCACAAGGGAAGAGAAGGAAUGGUGGAUCCAUGCCAAAUAUGAGCAGAAGCUCUUCCUGGCCCCACUACCCUGCACGGAGCUGUCCCUGGGCCAGCACCUGCUGCAGGCCACCACUGAUGAGGACCUGCAGACAGCCAUCCUGCUGCUGGCACAUGGCUCCCGGGAGGAGGUGAACGAGACCUGUUGGGAGGGAGAUGGCUGCACAGCGCUGCAUCUGGCCUGCUGCAAAGGGAAUGUGGUCCUGGCUCAGCUCCUGAUCUGGUACGGGGUGGAUGUCAUGGCCUGAGAUGCCCAUGGGAACACAGUGCUAGCCUACGCCUGACAGGCCUCCAGCCAGGAGUGCAUCAAGGUACUGCUGCAGUACGGCUGCCCCGACGAGUGCGUGUAGUAUCUGUUUAAUUUUAUUUGACUGCAGUCUCCUUGGUGCAAAAACAAAAUGGGAAAAAUAAAUAAGAAUAACUCAGAAAUUCAAAAGGAAAUCACGAAUUCACCUAAUAAUAGCAUUUUGAGUGCAUUUCGUAAAUUAAGUAAAUACACAAAAGGUUGAUUUUUCUGACCGUAAGAGAUAUUUUAUGUCCUUUUGCUAAGAUGGAUAUGUUAAUCUCAGGCCCUCCUGGGCCACAUUGCUCAAGUCACACAGGCUUCUGUAUUAUGUAUUUAGAUAAGAUGUGUGAAAGUAUCUUUGAAAAAAGUUCGUAAAUAUGCAUUGAUUUUUGUACACAUGGCACCUCUCUUU